AUGAGCAUCUUGGUGUGGAACUGUCGAGGGCUUGGGAACCCUCGGACAGUUAGAGUCCUUAGGCAAUUAGCCAAGGAUAAGAUCCCAUCUUUAGUUUUCCUAGUGGAAACUAAAUGCAACUGUAGAAGAAUGGACAUGAUCAGGGGGAAACUAAGAUUUGAUAACUGUCUGGCAGUAGAUAGUGUGGGUCUUAGGGGAGGAAUAGCCUUGUUGUGGAAAACAGAUUGGAAUGUGGAAAUCAUUAGCUACUCACGAUGGCACGUCAAUUCUAUAGUGUUGGAGGAGGAAAAUGACCCUACCUGGCAAUUCACAGGCCUUUAUGGCCACCCAGAAGUAGCUAAGAGGAGUAGUAGCUGGCAAUUACUCCAUAUGCUUAAACCCACCACCCCUAUGGCAUGGCUGUGUGCAGGGGAUUUCAAUGAAAUUCUCUACCAGAAGGAGAAACUUGGGGGGGCAAGCAGGCCAUACAAACAGAUAGAAGAAUUCAGACAGGUGGUUGAAAGGUGUGGACUAAGUGAUUUACAGUCUCGGGGGCAGAAGUAUACAUGGGCUAAUAACAAGUUUGGGGGUGAUUUCAUUAAGGAAAGAAUAGAUAGAGCCUUUGCAAACAAGGAAUGGAGUAACUUGCAUAGCUUGGCAUUGUGCACAAUACUACCUGCUGUUAACUCUGACCACUCAUCAUUAUACAUUAACAAACAGUUUUUGAACUGUAAAAGAAACAAGAGGGGCUUGAUAUUCAAAUACGAGGCUGCUUGGGACUUAAGAGAUGAAUGCCAGGGAAUUGUAACAGAAGCAUGGGGAAAAGGUUAG